CUUUAUCUAAUUUAAUUCACGAGGAGAUAUAUUUUGUACUCGUACCACGAACCACUAUAGUCGGUCAGAUGGCGAUGCUAGUAGAAAGUUCGAAGACGGAAAUGUUCAUAGCCAAACACAUCACAAAUAUCCCAUCAUUUUCUUUUACUUCUUUAUUAAUUUAAAUUUAAAAAAAAAAAAUACACAUCACAACACCCAAACAAGUGUCUAAUUAAUCCUAAAACAUAUCCCACCAGCUAGAGACUCUUCCAGCACGUGUCAUAUCCUCACUUCUUUAAACUCUAUAAAAACAUAUCCAAACACCUACGACAUUAUCCGCCCUAAAUUUUUUUUGCAACUUACAAGUGUUGCAUUUUAUUAACACAUCCUCUUUAUAUUUUCCAAGCAAAAUACUUAGUAACAAAAAAAAUGGCAGGUGUAACACACGACUCCGAUGAUUUCCGGAUAGUCUGCCCGCCGGUGAACAAGGAAGACGGGCGGCUACCACGUAAGUACACCGACGAAGGUCAAGGCGCUAAGUCCGGUAUAUCCCCUCCGAUCGAGUGGUAUAACAUACCCGAGGGGACUAAAAGUUUGGCUUUGGUGGUAGAGGAUAUUGAUGCCCCAGACCCAGAUAGUCCACUUGUUCCGUGGACUAUUUGGGUCGUGGCACAUAUCCCACCUACCUUAAAAGGCUUGCCCGAAGGGUUCUCGGGCAAGCAAGAGGAGUUAGGUGGUGAAUAUGUGAAUAUUGCUGAAGGGAAUAAUGAUGAGAAGGUACCUGGUUGGCGAGUCCCUACUAUGCCUAGUCAUGGGCAUCGGAUUGAGUUUAAGUUGUAUGCACUUGAUGAUGAGCUUCGCCUUGGCAAGACGGUGACGAAGGAGAAGUUGUUGGAUGCAACUGAAGGUCACAUAAUUGGAGAAGCAGCUAUGAUUGCCGUCUUUUAAGUUAUAAUGAUCUAAAAAUUAAUCUUGUUAAAUCAAGUUUUGGUUGUUUAACUUCCAAUUGUAAUCAUCAAGCUGAUCUUUUUUUUUUUUUUUUUUUUUUUCCAAUUUCCCAUUUUCUGAAUAAUGCAUGUUAUUUGCUGGCUUGAAUGAUUAAAAGGAUUUUGUAAAUGUGUUGACGAUCUAUCUAUUGUGUGCCUCUUGUUUGAAUUGGAAAUUUAGUUGUGAAUUUGUGAAAGGCCUAAAA